ACACGUUAUAAUAUUUUAGGUAAAUUUAUGUUUUUACUAAUUUAUUAUUUUUCAUCCAACAGGAAUCAUUAGAAAAGAUCAAAGGCGCCUCCCAGGAUGCUUUGGCCCACCUUCAGUCCCUUAUGGUGAAAAUUCAGCCUAUUUCUACUCGGUUCGCAGAUUUUGGGCUGAAAAAUGUGUCUGACCUGAAUGAUAAGCUGAACAAAACAACCAUGCAGAAAGAAGCUGAAUUUUUAAGUGUAACGUUGGCGAACAACCUCAUUUUGAUUAAACAGUAUCAGACCGAACUAAAGGAAUACCUGGACAUGAAUAAGCUGGACGGCGAUUUCUUCCUAAAUAAUUUUUUGCAGCUAGAAGUAUAUUACCAGGAUCUGUCGGAAACUCUAAUGUCCCAACAUUCACCAUACGGACUCAUAGACUUGGCUUGUGACGUUGGAGGGACAAUGGCGUUGUACCUAGGAGCCAGUAUUCUUACCAUUUUCGAGUUGUUGGAUUUCCUGACAAAGGCGUUAAACUUUUGUCUGUGUCGUCCUCGGCCUCGCCCUCCGCCCCAAAGCAGCGAGUUACCCCUGGCAUCCUGAAGGUUGGACUUGGGCGGAGGGUGCACCGGACAACGCGAUGUGGCCGAGAGCUGGCAGUGAAUUUUCCAGAUGGUGAUUUCCACUAUCCGGGAUAUUAUUGGAUAUGUAUCGCCUAUCUGUGGCGUGCCCAGAGAUGCCCAAUGGGGGUGAUAUCAGCCGUGUUCAUCCACGGCGUUAUUAUAUGAGAUGAAAAAUGAAUCAUUUAGCCGUUGUGUUGGGGCUCCCGUCGUCCUUAAAGCCUUGUGCCCAAACCGGCCGUGAUGCGAACUGUACGGUGUGGAGUGCGGCAGAGAGUUAUUAAUGUGCUCGCUGCAAAACUGACGGCCUAUGAUAAUGGAAACAACGGCAAUUACGUACCGUCGGGAAUCAACGAGGCAGAAUUUCUCCUCAGAGAACUCCAGGACAGAGUGAUGGUGACAAAAACCAAGGUCCACCAACAGUGACUCUGGCACUAAGACUGCUUGUUCUGCCUGCGGGAUACUAAUACUGUUAAUAUCUAGACGUUAUUGUGACCGCGUUGUGUUGCGUUCCCAGAGUUUGCUCACGAAAUGACAAAUGGAAUAUCUGUAGUAAAACAAGAAGAAACUGAUUAAUGGUAUGAGCGGUGUUUUGAUAACAAGUCAAGGCAGAUUUGAAGGCCAUAUUAAUACACACCAGAAAAACGAACGAGGCCAGCAGUAUAAAGUGUGCCAAAAUAUCAAUGAAAAUUCCGAAGAUCAUGAGGGUUUUGCCUUGAACCAGGUUUGAAACCAAUGAAAAACAUUAUAGAAACUGCUUGUGCCCAAAACCCUCCUUUACUUUAAAGUGUACAGAGAGUGUCGGUUACAGAAGUGCGUCUUAUAAGAUUAACAAUGAACCCCGAACAAGACGUAUGUAUAUAUUGCCUUUCAAAGUUUCCCAUCAAGGGAAUCACAGACAAAAUGUUUCAUAGUGUUUGACGAAAUACAAUUGUGGACUAACCACGCAGGCCCGUGAUCCUAUGUUUCAGCCAUCGGCGAAAAAAGUUGAUCUGGUCUGACCGGUGUUAGUAUGUUUUUUCACACUGUAGGGUGUCACUCUAUACAGGCAAAAAUUAGACUGAAUUGUCAGUAUGCUAUACAACUUCGUUGUGUGUAUCGCCUUAUUCGUUAUGCGCGGGUUGGCUAUGUCAUUGUGUUGUUAUCACGAAGAAGGGAAGGUGGUGGAGGUGGUGGUUCUUUUAGUAAAGAACAAGCCAAUGGAAUGCUCGAUUUCAUCUGCACGCUGCCAUAAAGACUAAGGAAGAUUGUCAUUCAGUGAUCAAGCUUAAAGAUCGUGACUCUCCUGUCCAUCAGUCGAACAGCUGCUUCUGUGAAUGGACGUAUACUGAUUAUUAGAAGCCAUGUUGGUGUAUAUACAUGUAUAUACUGUAUGCGAUCGCUUGUGUAUCUAAACCACAAUUACCGACGUUGUCUGAAAACGCACCCCAAACUAAGGGCAGAUAAUUGUGCAUACGAUGUCUGAAAAAGCUGUAAAUCCAUAUCGACACUAUAUAUUACAACAUCAUGACUGUUGGCCUUUAUGUUGGAAAGACAACCCAUGAACAGCGAAAAAGAAAGCCCAAUAUAAAUCAUUCCCGCCAUUAUGAGGUCUACAUUGACUACGAAGAACAUGAACUGUGACGUGACCUGGAUCUGUCAUACAUGUUGUCCCAGUUGGAACAGGGGCAACUGUCUUGGUAUUGACUAACGAGUUUCCGAAUGUAUAUAGCACAGCUACGAUGUAAAUAGGUAAAACUGAAUGUAAAACCUAAACUAUAUACCAAGUUAUUUCUGGUUCGAUGGUUUCAUUCAGCUGAACUGUGUAUAUUUUCAGUGUGUUCAUUUUAAGAUGGUGAGCGCCAUAUUGUGUAUAUAUAGGCUUUGUGUAUGGUACACAUCUAUACACUGUAUAUAUCUGUUUAUUGCUUUUCUAUUCAAAAUAUUCAAUCUAAGAGGCUUACAGGUAUAUAUCCUAUCCAAGAAACAUUUUUUCGUGACGCCUGGCUUUAAGUCUGUGUUAGGUGUUGGCUAUUAACAAAGACCUAUAUUUCAGCGCGGACUAAUCUCUCCUGAAUAUUCCGUGAACUGUCGGAUUUAGAUAUUCGGGAUGUUUGAAUGGCUACCUAACAAUGGAAUCCACGUUAAACGUGUAUCGUGUUGGUGCGUAUGUUAUAUUUUUUCAACGAUGGGCUGAUGUCUUAGUGUUUGUUUCUAUGAUUUCAUGGAUGGCGCUUGUCUAGAAAGCAUUUUACUUCAGACAGAAAUCUUAAAUACUAACAACUUUCAGGUAGUAAUAGUUAAUUGCUUAAACAGACUGACUAUUAAAGAUUGCCAUAUAUUAGUCUACGUUUGUGUCAGGUGGUCAUUAUUAAAGUUCAAGGUAUAAUAACAGACGUGUAAAGUUCAACUUUGCUUUUCAAACCCAUAUGAUUUUUGAAAUCGUUUGGCGCACUCUGUGGAUAUGUAAUAUCCGUAAUGGUCCAACAAUUUCUUCACCAUUUAUAAAAAUGUAAAGAAAUACAAAUUACUGCGAUGUUGUGUAUGUUUUUAUCAGUGAAACUUAUAGCGUUUGCCUCAACGUUUAAAUGACAUGCUUUAACCUGUAUAUUUCAUGGGA